CACUGAUCAUCAGGGUACUGAUCAUCAGUGCCGAUCUGUUCUGUGACAUAUGCCGAGGAGAGCCGGUAAUCAGCUUUCCGCGGAGGGGACAUGUACACUGAACAUCAGGGCACUGAUGAUCAGUGUGCCCUGAUGAUCAGUGUAGCCCCAGCAGUGCCACCUGUCAGUGUCCAUCAGUGCCACGUGCCAGUGCCCAUCAGUGCCACAUCAAUGCCACAUAUCAGUGCAUACCAGUGCACAUCAAUGCCACAUAUCAGUGCCCAUCUGAGCUGCCUUUCAGUGUCACCCAUCAGUGCCACCUAUCAAUGCCAAUCAAUGCCACCUAUCUGUGCUGCCAAUCAGUGCCACCUAUUAGUGCCAGUCAGUGCCACCUAUCAGUGCCAUGUAUCAGUGCUGCCUUUCAGUGCCCAUUAGUGAUGCCUGUCAAUGCCCAUCAGUGCCACCUAUCAGUGCUGCCAAUCAGUG